AUGGCAGGUUUAGUCUCCUCUGUGGGUUUGGUGCUGAUGCUCAAGGCUCUUAUGCACGUCCAUGGCCAGCGUGCAGUGUUUCUGGGGAUGACGGUAUGGGUAGCACUGAUCGCAGCUGACUCACCUGCUGCAGAUGAGUCUUUGUUGGACUCCACAUACCACCCCAUGGGAUUUUUUGGAGCUGUUCCAAGUUCAACAGGGUCAUCACCAUCCGGCUUACCAGCCUCACAUUACACUGCCUUUGAGAGCCCAGACUCACCUGGUGCCCUGCCAACCAUUACUGAACCUAACCAUGAAGCUAGGACUGCUGACAUCAUGCUUUUUCAAAGGUCAACAACAUCUCAGCUUGGUUUUAAUUCUGAGCAGAAAGCUCCAGAAGCACCCCUCACAGCUUUUAGCAAGCAGCCGGGUGCUAUAUCAGAGUAUACACCGGCAGUCAUGACCUCACAACCUGUUCAGCCACUUGAGCCCCCUAAUUUGGCUUACACUGACUCACCAGCAGAUGAAUCUUAUAGUAACAUCUUGGAUGUGAACCAGUUGAGCCCCAGCAGUGCCCCCUUGCUGGAGAACAAACCAGCACAAAGCAUAAACAUGCUGCCCAACUCGGACGAGAUUCUGGCCCCUGGCUACAAUGUGCCUUUCAUCGCCCCCCAUCCUACAUCACCUUCAUCUGAACCCACUGAGGUCUCUCCAGAGGACUUCUACCCCACCAACACCAUGGAAUUGGACUGGGGGUCUGGGGACUACUUGGAGACAAUGUCAUUCUUAAAUUCAGAUGGAGAUGACUAUUCUUUGGUCACUAAGGUGCCCUCUGACUCAUAUGAUACAGAAGACUAUACAGAAAGCUAUGAUACAUCUUUCCCUUCCAGAGUGGGCAUAUCUCCUUUGUCCUUGCAUCCUCCUCACCUCUCACCGUCUCCCAGCCUCAUGACAGCGUACAGUACCAUUGUCCCACUAAAAUCUAUCCACCCUUCCUCAUUUUCCUCCACAGUUCACUAUACAAUGGAGCCUACUCCCACAGCUAACAGUGAUAUACCUGACCCAUCGGACAUAGAUUGGGGUGAUACUUUCACAAUCCAACCAACAGAUGUCCUCUUACCUGAUAUGAACAGCUUGGAGUAUUACACCAUUCAGUUGACCAAGGAGAACAACAGUUCAGACACUGGAGCUGAACAGAGAGGGAACAUUACUGUGGUGUCUAUCAGCACUACAGUCAUCACACCCACCAGUAGCUUCUCUAAUGAUACCAAAUUGACUGAGGAAGAGUCCUUGAGUGAUUUGUCAGGGUUUGAACCUCAUGAGGACUCAACCACAGUAGUCACAACAGAAAAGAAUCCUCAGCUGGUCAAUGUCUCUGAACCGUUUCUAGAUCCUUCAAUAGUCCCAAGCCACUUCUUUGAUCCCUCUUCUUCCAUCUGGGGUGGUAAAGUAUCCACCACAGAUUGGUCUGCACCUACUUUAACUGUUGGCCUGGAUAGCACUGCAUUAACAGAAGAUCUACUACCCCAUGCCACACCCGCGCUGCCAGUUGAUGUAAUGUCUUCCUCGUCAAUGACGGAUGUCCAUUGGUUUGUUACAGAGACAGUCUUACACAGUACCAUACACACCACUCCUGUCUUAACUGCAACCACAGCCUUCUCUCCUGUUCCAGUUGAACCUGUUGCCAACACAACUUCUGGUGCAACAGAAUUAACUCCCCAAAACUUGACCUUCACAACUGAACAAACUCUUAAUAUUACUUUAGUUUCAAAUGAACCCACAUCGAAUGUCACUUUGGGUCUCCCAGACGUUUUGGGUGAUGAGGGGGUAACUGAAAAUGGAGUUGACAACCCAGCCACAAUGAGCUUGAUCCCAACUAGCAGAGAAGCUAUUACAGUCUCUGCCGUGCCCUCAACUACAACUGCCACCACUACUACUCAUCAAGUCACAACAAGAAUAACUGCCACCACUGAAGCCUCAACUAGUGUCAACAUCAUCUCUACCACCAGCGGAAAGACCACAACUGUAGCACCAACAUCAAGACCGUACCUCUGCAACCUUGACAGGCCUACUUAUUUAGUAAAAAUUGGUUUUCCCUCUGGGGCCACUGUUGGAUAUGCCAAGUCUCAAAUCAAAGACAUACUGAAAGUAGAAUUCAACAAGUCAGUGGAGCUGCAGGUUGUGGACCCCCCACCAAACUUUGUGUUUCGGGUGGUGUCUGGCCCAGUUGUGUACACAGCCAUAUCUGUCAUCAACACUCUGAGAAGGUCUGGGCGCCGGUUCCUGUCUGUGUCUCCCAACUGGACAACACCCAACAAUAAAUAUCAAGUCCACACAGUGCUCCAGUUUGUCCCCAGCCACAUCGAUGUGAGGUAUUGCAACUUCAGUGAGAGCAUUGAGAAAGGUUUGACCAAGGCCUUUGCAGAAGUGCGUCGUCGCUCAAAGGAGUCAACCAACUUCACGGUGCAUAUUGUAAACAUCACCAUGGCUGCUCCAAAAUAUCAGGAACAACGGCUGGUGAGGCAGCCAGUGGACAUCACCUUCACUGUGCGUGGUUCUAGGGGUUAUCUGAUGGGGUCAGAGGUCAGCACCACUUUGAUGAGGCUCACCAUGGUGGAAUUCAGCUAUUACAUGGGCUUUCCUGUACUGCAGAUUGCUGAGCCUUUCCAUUAUCCAGAGUUGAACACCAGCCAGUUGCUUCGCUCCUCCUGGGUUAGAACAGUGCUCCUGGGUGUGCUUGACCAGAAAGUGGGUGAGAGAACCUUCCAAGCCAACAUGGAGCGUCGGGUGGCCAUGUUACUGGGCGAGGCCAUGGGAUUAGUCAGACGUUUUAAGAGAGCCACCACCAUAGGCAACAGCAGCGUGCAGGUUGUACGUGCAAGCCGGCUGGCGGGUGCGGACCACCCCUUGGAGAUAGUGUAUUUUGUGGAGGGUCCCAGUGGUCAGAGGGUGCCUGCAGUCCAAACAGCCAACCUACUCAACAGCCUGGACGUUCAAAGAGCUGCCAUCGUCUUGGGAUAUCGUGUCCAGGGUAUUUUAGCACAGCCUGUAGAGAAAGUGACGGCUUCACCCUCUGAUGCUGAGAAUACCAACAUGUGGAUCGUCAUCGGGGUGGUGAUUCCCCUCCUCGUCGUCAUCAUCAUCAUUUCAAUCCUGUACUGGAAACUGUGUCGGACAGACAAGCUGGAGUUCCAGCCAGACGCCAUGACCUCCAUCCAGCAGAGACAGAAGUUGCAGGCUCCCAGUGUGAAAGGCUUCGACUUUGCCAAGCUGCACCUUGGCCAGCAGAGUAAGGAUGAUGUCAUGGUGAUUCAGGAGCCUGUCCCGCCAGGGCCUGGCCCCGGGCCCCUCCCCGUGUCCAUUAAAGAUGGCCUCAGUCCAUCUGAGAAUGGGGAGAUCCCCACACCCAUAUCCAAAAACUCAGCCUCGUCCACCAAAGCGUCCCGCAGCGGCCGGAGGCGAGGAAGGAUCUCGCCGUCAGACGGUGACUCUGUGGUAAGUGACCGUUCCAGUGAGCGGGAAUCCACCGAGGAGAACCUGAGAGCCCACGCCACGCCCAGUGACAGCAAGCAGACCCGUAAGCUUCCCAUCAAUGUUUUAAAUGGCAAGAAUAGAAUUGGUCCUCCACCUAUGAAUGGUACGAACGAGCAUCUGUCAUCGGCCUCCAUCUUUGAACAUGUCGAUCGGAUGUCUCGUGCCACGGACGCAAGCAGGAGACUCCCCAACAAAGUCCAGCUUAUCGCCAUGCAGCCCAUGCCGGUCCCACCGCUGCACAGCCCACCCAUCAAUGGCAAACUGUCAGACACCAACCAAAUUAACAAAGAGAUCCAGGUAGCAUUGAGGCACAAGUCAGAAAUUGAGCACCAUCGUAACAAGAUACGUCUGAGAGCUAAGAGGAAAGGCCACUACGACUUCCCUGCCAUGGAUGACGUGACCAGUGGCCUUGGAGACGUGAAGGACCAGGAUCGCAUCUAUCAGAAAGCACAGAUACAAAUAGAUAAGAUCCUGGAUCCAGAUGCUCAGAUGCCCUCCAUCUUCAUGGAAUCGAAAAAGAGUGGUCGUGGGAGGCGCUCUCCCAAACAGAGGAUGAAGGAGCAGCUGAAUGGAGGCAUGAUGGAUGCAGACAAAGACCACCUGAUCACUGAAGACAGUGAUGCUGCUUACAGAAAGUGUCCUGGGGUCAACAAUGUGGCCUACGUAUCGGACCCCGACCAAGGCCCAGGAUCCCCUCACAGGAGCCCCUCCCCCACUGAUGAUGUCUUCCUGGGCCCCACUUCCUCUCCUCCAGGUCACGCCCCUCCCCCACCCCCCUACAUGCCCCCUCAGCCCUCCAUAGAGGAGGCGCGGCAGCAGAUGCACUCCCUGCUGGACGAUGCCUUUGCCCUCGUGUCGCCCACCUCCCAGGGCAGCACAGCGGGAAUCACUCUCCCAGGGGUCAACAGCAACCCCCCUGCCUCCAGCCCUCCAGGCCGGGGCCCCAGACCCUGGGGUCCUUCCUACCAAGGUCUUGGCCCUUUCCCUGGUAGGUUCACUGAGCUGGGCAUGUCCCCUCCUUCAGUCCAAGGCCUGACACCAAGGCAGGGCCUUGGCUCCAGCUACCUGCCACCAGGAGAAACAGCAGGGCACAGUGAGCAGCUCCAGCCAGACAGCCUGUACUCCAGUAGGGGCCUAUACGCUGAUGAGCUCCCCUCAUCUGCCAGACCGCGACCAGUGGGGGGGACUACAGGCGCCCAGCUCCAUCAUCUGACACAGGUGGGAUUGUCCAGCCGGAUGAAUGGUUACCCAGCAGGGGUCAGGGCUCCUCCAGGCCAGAACGGAGGCAUCGGCUGGAACCACUACCAUGAUGACAACUUCUCCAGGGUCGAGCCUGAAAAAGAUGCAUUCCUGGACUGUCCUGACUACUCAUCCUCCUCUAUCUUCCAGAUGCCUAGAAGUGGUAUCAGAGAGCCCUCUGCGCCCCCCUCCCACAUAGAUCCCCCUGUGGUGGGCUAUCUUUCAGCCCCACCGCCCCUGGAUACAUCUCCUCCUACCCACUCCUCUGCCUCCCUGAUCAAGGCCAUCAGGGAGGAGCUGUUGCGUCUCUCCCAGAAACAGGCAGCUUUGCCCAGCUACCACAGCUGAAGCCCCAGCCUCCAGUCUGUAGCUCUAACCAGUCAUGCCACUGACCCUGCCUGCCUGCUUCGCCUAAUCUGACAAUGCUUCCCAUGGAAGUCCCUGAGGGUGUACAGCAGAGAGAUAGUCCUGCUAAACUGAAGUGACGAGGUGGCUCAUUGAGAUUUCUAAGUGAAGAGGCCGCCCCUCAUGAAAUACUCAAUGACAGGACGGUUGAUACAGGUUGAUACAGAAUCGCAUCAGCUGCAGUAUGUCAAACCAGAGACAGUGUUAUGAAAUAAAGAACAAUGUGAACAGAAUAUGCUGGACCUUUGGAAUGAGACGAAAGGACAUGUCUGGACUGGUCCUGCCUGUGUUUCUGUCCUGCACCUCGUUGUGGAUCAGGGAAGGAUCAUGCCGAGUUCUGCCCACUGUGGAUCCACACAAUGGACAUUUUUUGCUGCAUUUCUUCAGACUCAGUAUUCUGUGUCAUGGUUUCAUUCUCAUGCUGCCUUCACUUAACAGAUAAACCCCACAUGACAUGUAUUUUCAAGACAUUUUCUUAUUUUAACCAACCAUACUGGUAUUUUGUUGUUUUCCAUUGCAGGCCCUUAACCUCUUUAUAACCAUUAGGUGCUACUUCAUCUUUUCUGCCAUGAUGAGCCAUGCUAUGCCUUGACACUGUGAUGUAGUUCACCGGACCCAAUCUACUGUACGAGCCUACAGUAAGGUCAAAGUUCACAGCCAGCAAGCUAGUUCAGAUAGUACGCACAAAGGGGCAUCCAUAGAGACUAAUAACACUCAUAAACACCACUUUUUCUUUCCUUACUUACUGCAGUAGCACAGAGUUUUUCUGAGUUGAUAUUUUCUGACAUUUUGACUUACACUUACAUAAUUGCUUUUUCAUGUUCAACUCCUGUCUUGUAACUUGUUUUUAUUUAUGUUUAGCAGCUAACAGACAGCAAAAUGGCCUUGAAACAGAUAAAUCUUCAAACAAGACUUCAAAGGCGGAUUUUAAAGAUGCAGGCAAAAUGUGUUACAAAUACUUAACAAAUUAAUGACAGUAUGUACUUGACAAUGAUGUACAGUUAGUACUGUAUGUAUUCAGUAUUUGGCUGUAAUUGAUGCACUGUAUGCAGACUACUUGGUACAGCUCAGGUCUUUCAAAAAAAAAAAAGAGAUUGCUAAUGGACAAAUCAGUGAAAAGACAGUUUGAUAGGUCAUGUGGAUGAACUUGUUCAUGAGGGAAAGUCACAGAGACCAGUAUUCUGUUUCAACACUAUCCUGUAUUGACUAUAUACUCAAUCACCAUCUCUAUUCCAUGCAGUAUUUAAAGUUUGCUUUGCCUUUUUGAUAGCACAGGAAGGAGAAACGUGUACUGUAUUUGCUGUCACUUAUGGUUAACUUCAACCAGCCAUGUUUAUGUGCUUUUAAAAUUUUCUCUGGAUUGACCUUGCCUCAUGUAAUGUCCACCUUAAAUGUCUUAGUCAUUGUACUGGUUGGAAAUCAUUCUAGGUUACCUGUUUUUUGGACACCCCACACCCCAUCCCUGAUAAUUUGUGGUGUUUUGGGGCCUGGAGUUAUAUUUUAUUUAAAUGAAAUAAAAGAGGAAAUUAUGGAUUUUAAAGGCAGGACCUAAAAAUAUGUGCGUUACCAGUAUUAUGUGGUCGAUUAUAUAUACUCGCUACACUAACAACAACUUUUGGCAGUGAUUGAAACAUUCUACAGAUGUUACCAGAGUAUUUCCCAUCUUCACAUUUUUGCAAUGUGAUGUGCCUUUUGGACUCACCUGAACAGAUUAAGCACUUGGGGCAACAGCAGCUCUCUGUGUGUCCUAUUUUACUGUCAUUCAUUCUGUGAUUACCAGCCUAAAAUACAUCAAUAGUCAGAUCCAUAAAAGUCUUGAAUAUUCUGUUAUGACUGAUGGUGUGGAAGCUGAAUUGAAGUGACAUCCAGGUAACAGUGAUCAACCACUGUAAGAAGGGUUAGAUUUUGGUUGUCCAUUUCACCUCAGUGUUCAAUGUCUUGUUAACAAUCUCACACUGUAUGCCUCCAUCUGCUGGCUCUGUACUGUAACAACAGCCCAUCUACUUGUGUUCAUCCUCAGUUGCUUUUUUUUAAUUUUAUUUUUUAGUUGUUAUUUUUUCAUCUAUUUCUAUCUGUUGUACGUUGUGAUAAGGAUCUGUUGGCUGGCCCAACUUUACAUUUGAUGGAUGUUGCAUGUUUAAUUAUUGUAUUUCUUUUGUUUGUUUUUUGCGCAUGCUGUUCCAAACUUAUUGAAAUACA